UCCCCUUAUCCCUCUCUGUUUUGAUCCCCUCCCUGGUAGGGAUGUGGCUGCCAUGGCAACUGCUGAAUCAUCCUCCACCGUCUGCAUCCAUCCUCUUAUGCCACCUCCUCAUUCAGCAGGGCCCUCCAUCAUCCAGGCCUGCAUUAGCACAAUGAUGUGACUCUUCAGUUUCCUGUAUUACGUGUAGCAGUGUGUAGCUUAGUCUCAGAAGACACCGUGGUGCAGCAGCCAUUCGGAUGGGUAACGUACCCACUACGGUGAAGCACUGCCUGAGCUAUGAGCAACUCGUCCAGGACUACCCAUGGCUGAGACGCUGGCUGCUGGAGGAAAAGACUGUUGCAGGACAUGAAUAUCCAAAGUUUGUUAAAAUAGUCGAAGUUGGACCCAGAGAUGGACUUCAGAAUGAAAAGGAAAUUGUUCCAACAGGGGUGAAAAUCCAGCUGAUAGACAUGCUCUCAGGAUCAGGUCUGCCUGUAAUCGAGGCCACCAGCUUUGUGUCUUCAAAGUGGGUACCCCAGAUGGCAGACCAUUCUGAUGUACUCAGAGGAAUCGAGAGAGCACCCCAUGUUCAGUACCCUGUUUUGACACCUAACAUGCAAGGCUUCCAGGAUGCUGUUGCAGCUGGUGCUACCGAAGUGGCGGUGUUUGGAUCAGCAUCUGAAACCUUCAGUAAAAAAAAUAUUAACUGUUCUAUUGAUGAAAGCAUGCUGAGGUUUGAAGAAGUCAUUAAUGCUGCCAAACAGCGGCAGAUUCCAGUGCGUGGAUACAUUUCUUGCGCCCUUGGAUGCCCGCACGAGGGACACAUUGAUCCUUCCAAAGUUGCUGAGGUGGCAAAGAGGUUAUAUGAAAUGGGCUGUUAUGAGAUUUCCUUGGGGGAUACCAUCGGUGUUGGUACUCCGGGGUCCAUGUUUAAGAUGCUGCAGAGUGUGAUGAAGGAGGUGCCCACCAGCGCUCUAGCAGUUCACUGUCAUGACACUUAUGGGCAAGCACUGCCCAACAUCCUGACUGCACUUCAGAUGGGGGUCUGCGUGGUGGACUCUGCAGUAGCUGGCCUGGGAGGUUGCCCGUACGCUCAGGGUUCAUCCGGCAAUGUUUCAACAGAGGAUGUUCUCUACAUGCUCCAUGGCAUGGAUAUUGAAACUGGGGUGAACCUUGCCAAAGUAAUCGAGGCUGGUGACUUCAUUUGUAAUGCUUUACGUCGCAAGACAAAUUCCAGGGUUGCCCAUGCAAGAAGCAAGACACUGUGAUGCGUUUCUGUUAAGGAAUAUGUUUAAAUAUGUGACUCUGUUCCCUUUAAAGUGCUUCUCCUGUUGUUUCUGCCUUCAGAUUUGCUGCCUAUGGUGUUGUGUUUAAAGUAUAGUAGUCAUUACUUUAAACCGUCAUAGGUAUAGCCUCAAGAAUUUCAACAUUGCGUUUUGCAGUCCAAAAUCAGCUCUUUCAAGCUCAGUUUGCAUACAUUUACAAUUUGUUUUCACACCUUGAAGUCAGGAAGGAGUAUUUAAUGAUCUAUUUUAUCAUCAGUAUUAUUUUUUUUAUAUGUAUAUGUAUAUACAUAUAAAAAUAUACAUAUUUGUAUGUAUGUGUGUUUUUUUAUAUUUUUGUUUCUUUGGCUUACUUUUGCUCUGUAUGGUUGUACAUUACAAAUGAGCAAGGACAGGUCAUAUUGGCUUAAAAAUAAUUAGAGGCAAAUAAUCAACCAUCAAAAAGAGAAUUAAUUUGUGAUAAAUGUUCAGAAAGAUGACUUUAUGAGUUCCAAAUACAACUGGCCUGAAUAACCCACAUCUACAGUGGCUUGCAAAAGUAUUCAUAACCCUGGAACCUUUCCAAAUUUCGUCACGUCACGACCACAAACAUAAAUAAAUUUUAUUGGUAUUUUAUGUGAAAGACCAACACAAACCGGCACACAAUUGUGAAGUAGAAGGAAAAUUAUACAUGAUUUCCAAAUGGUUUGGAAAAUGUUAUGUUUGUGGUUGUGA